CUGAAUUCGCCAUGGGCUGCGAACUUGGAAAACUCGCAUCUUCGGGAUCGCAAAAUCAGACCGGACGUGACAGUCCGCCGCCUCCCGCGGCUACAGAUCCAAGACUUCCGUUAACCGCCCGCCAAAAGUACACCAUAAUCGCCAGUUGGAAGGCCGUUGCCAGAGCCAUGGAACCGACUGGGAUCUACAUGUUCGUCAAGCUCUUCGAGGAGAACGCUGAGCUCUUGAACAUGUUCACCAAGUUCCGGGACCUCAAGACCAAGGAGCAACAGACGACGAGCAUGGAACUUGCCGAGCACGCGACAACCGUCAUGUCGACCCUCGAUGAAGGCAUCAAAGGGCUGGACGACAUGGACGUCUUCCUCACCUACCUUCACGAAGUCGGAGCCUCGCACACGAAGAUACCGGGCUUCAACCGCGAGUACUUUUGGAAAAUCGAGGCGCCGUUUUUAGAGGCAGUUAGAAGAACCCUGGAGGACCGAUACACGGAAAAUGUGGAGAACAUAUACAAGCUGACAAUUAAAUUCAUCAUCGAGACGCUGAUCGAUGGAUUUGACAAGGCGAAAAAUGACAAGGGUAAUUCCUAGCUGGAGUUAUACGGACGCGAAUUGCGUUUUAGGACAUGGAAAAUUUUCAAGCUACUUCGACUGCAAAUGCAGCAGCAGCAGCGGCCGGAAAAAGCACAAAGAAAUCUUAUAUUAAACACGCCGUUCGAAGCAUAGAACUGAAAAUGUACCACAGGAUAUAACCACUUACGAUAAAAGAACCGAUUUUCUUUCUUCCUUUCCGUUCUGACUUUCGCUCACAUUUCGUUCUGAAACCCCUGCGGAAGGAAGAUUUUUACAGCUCGUUAAAUAUCGAUGUGCAGUCAAGGUAUGAAUUUUAAGGGGCAAGGAUAACUGUUGUCAAGCAUACGAGUAUAAUAAGUAUGUAUAUAAGAAAAGAAAUAGAAACGAAUCAAAUUUCGGUUCUUCUUCCAUUUCUCAUAAUUCAAGGUAUAAUAAAUUCUCGAAUGGUCAUGAUCACCACUCGAGGAUUACUUACAACGCGAUGACGACUUGCGAACGUUGAUAAUAAUAUCUUGCGAAAAAUGAUUUGCAAACUCGUGGAAAAGAAACUAAAUCGCGCUGCAGGAUUUAGAUACCCGUUAUUACGCCAGGGCGUUGAAAUGAAUCACGAAUAAUAAUAUAAGCAGUGUUCAGUGUUCGGUGUUCGCGCGGAUUCGUUCACGAUGAAUUAUUCACGUAAAUGAAAUCCGGAGUAAAAUUUGAAAUUGUACACCCCCGUUUUACGAUGGGAGAAUUAGGGCUUGUACACGGGCGUAAAAUAAUACCUGCAGAUUCGACGCCAGCGAGGGAGAGGAACAAUAAUUAUUCGCAAAAAAUUGCUAUAGUUUUAUUAUUUAUUUGCAGUCGUUUUUUUUAUCUUUUUUUUUCUUUCUUUUCUCCUUCUCAUUUCACCCCAUACGCCACAAAAUUUCGUCACUAGAUAACAAUGUGCGUAGGUAUAUUAUUAUAUAGGUAUGUAAGGAAAAUAUGGAUUAUCCUCUAACGAGACAUGAUAUCGGCAUUGACAUUCGACGUGCCUGUUGCGUCGCCUACAUUUUUCCCCCUUUUAUUUAUUUAUUUAUUUAUUUGUUUGUUCGAUUGUCUGUUUACCUAUUUAUUUAUUUUUUUCCAAACAACAAAAGUACAUUUGUAUUACCCGCCAAUUAUAAAUAUAUCCAAUGAUCGAGUUAUAUAAUAAUAUGUAUAUAAAAGUAAGCUACAUAUAAAUGUAAACGACGUUCUUAGCAGGCGCAUCCCGGUUAACAUGUCAAUUUCCAUGAAAAAAAAAAAAAUACAUAUAAAUAUGUAUAAUUUAUAUAUAUCGUAUUUAAUCUAGGACCAAAACUGUGACCGUCAUAUUGUCCACGCUGAUUUUCACUAAUAGACAUAAAAUAUCCGCCAUUUCACGGUAAUAUUUCCAAAAAAAAAUUGAAGCCUGCAGUGUUUUCACUUCUACAGAAACUGAAAUAAUACAAUAAAGAGUAUACCAAUGACUGGUCGAAGAUAUUGAAUGCAGUAAGUCAACGAUCUGCCUUUUGAAUUAACGUCGACAGAUUUUACUGCUUUGUUUAUCAGGUGUAUUGAUUUACGACUUGAAAUAACAAUCCGUUGAUUUGUGUCAAGUCAUAAUUAUUUCAACUCGCCGCAUCCAACGUUAACCUCCAGCUUUUAUAUUAAAAAUUAUGCAUAUUGGAUGUUUAUGUGUAUACAUUAUAUCCAUAAAAUUAUAUAGUCCAGGUUAUAUCGAUUCUUACUCUACGUUUAAUUUUAAUCCUGUAACACGAUUCAACUGCGAUACUCGACAACAGUGAGAAAUUCAUUUUACCUUUUAUUCAGUAUAAUAAUUAUUGAAAAUCGCAAUUUCUAAAAAUACAUAACAAUUUGACCCUCCUGAGUUGUAAUUAAUUGCAAAUACAUUU